ACGUCACUCCUGAGCAUCCCCCAAUUCUCCAGUCCUUCCUCAAAAGGAUUUGGGAACCACGAGUCCAUUCGGAGCUUUUAAAAGGCCAAAAGGCUAAAAGCUCAGUGAUGCUGUGCAGUCCAGUGAACAAGGAGCGACGAAGCAAGCCUGUCGUUUAGAACAGCGCCAGGAGGGAGGUCCCAGCUAUGCCCGGAGCCCCCCCAGAGCAGGGGCCUGCGGAGCGCCUCCCGCGGGCGGCAGCGACCGGAGGCUCCCAGCGCGGCGGCGGCGGCGGCGGCCCCGCGGUGCCGGGCCGGGCUCGGGGCCGGGCUCGGCGGCCCCUCCUCUGCUCCCCGCCCGCCAAACCGGGGGAACCCGUCCGGCCGGUCUGGCGGCGCUCCCGGGGAGCCGGGGCGGGCGCGGGGCUCGGCGGGCGCUGGGAGCGAGCGGGAGCCGCGGGCGCAGAGCAUUCCCUGCUCGGAGCGGGGACCCCGACGCGUCGUUUUGGAGAGUUUGAAGCCCGGCGGGACCCCGCGGAAGUCGGCGUUCCCCUCGCUGCCAGCCGCGGGAUGUGCGGCCGGUGAUGGUCGAACUCAGCGCACAGUCUCUCCGGUCUGAAGCCUAAAGAAAGCGCAGGCGUUUGCUGGAAGGUGAGAUGGAGCCUGAUUUGAAGAUGAGCACAGGGGAUUCUCUGUGAGUGGCCGGUGCCAGCGCCUGUGAUGCAGUCUGGGCUUCAGUCACACACUCCACUGGAUAAAGGGUGCUAGCAGCAUGAUCUCGGAGAGGGAUUCGGAGACCACCUUCGAGGAGGACUCCCAGCCCAACGAUGAGGUGGUGCCCUACAGCGACGACGAGACAGAGGACGAGCUGGACAGCCGGCAGCCUGGGGCUGAACCCGGACACAACCCAAGCAGCAGGGACGCCGAGGAGAGCCGAGAGCCCGGGAAGAAAGACUGCAGCUGGCAAGUCAAAGCAAACGACCAGCGUUUCUACGACCAGCCGGGCUUCAAGAGAACAAUCUUCCUGUGCUUCAAGAAAAGCAAAUAUGCGGGAAAUGCAAUUAAGACAUACAAGUACAACCCCAUCACUUUUUUACCUCUGAAUCUGUUUGAACAGUUCAAGAGAGCAGCCAACUUCUAUUUCCUUGUUCUUCUCAUAUUGCAGUCGAUUCCUCAGAUAACUACCCUGUCAUGGUACACAACACUGGUGCCCUUGCUCUUGGUGCUGGGAAUAACUGCGGUCAAAGACCUGGUGGAUGACAUUGCCCGUCACAGGAUGGACAGCGAGGUCAAUAACAGGACCUGUGAUGUCAUCAAGGAUGGAAGGUUCAAAGCCACUAAAUGGAAAGAUAUUAAAGUUGGUGAUGUUGUUCGUCUGAAGAAAAAUACGUUUGUUCCCGCUGAUAUUUUGCUGCUGUCCAGCUCAGAACCAAACAGUCUGUGCUAUGUGGAGACAGCUGAACUGGAUGGUGAGACUAACUUAAAAUUCAAAAUGGCCCUAGAGGUGACACACAGACACCUUCAGGAAGAAAGUGCCCUGGCAGACUUUGAUGGUCUGGUUGAAUGUGAAGAACCCAAUAACCGACUGGAUAAGUUUACAGGAACAUUAUCCUGGAGAAACUCAAAUUAUUCCCUGGAUGCUGAUAAGAUUUUGUUGCGUGGCUGUAAGAUCAGGAAUACAGACUUCUGCCAUGGAAUGGUCAUAUUUGCAGGUGCUGACACAAAAAUAAUGAAAAAUAGUGGAAAGACAAGAUUUAAAAGGACAAAAAUUGACUCCCUUAUGAACUACAUGGUUUAUACUAUCAUCGUGGUCCUCAUCCUGCUGUCGGCUGGGCUGGCCAUCGGACACACCUACUGGGAGCAGCAGAUUGGCAACUCCUCCUGGUACCUCUACGAUGCCCAGGACUCCAGCCCUGCCUACCGGGGCUUCCUCAACUUCUGGGGAUACAUCAUUGUCCUCAACACCAUGGUGCCCAUUUCCCUCUAUGUGAGUGUGGAAGUGAUUCGCUUUGGCCAAAGCUAUUUCAUCAACUGGGACCUGCAGAUGUACUACCCCGAGAAGGACACGGCUGCCAAGGCCAGGACCACCACGCUCAACGAGCAGCUGGGGCAAAUCCAGUACAUCUUCUCUGACAAGACUGGAACCCUCACACAGAACAUCAUGACCUUUAAAAAGUGUUGCAUAAAUGGGCAAAGAUACGGAGACUGCCGGGAUGAAGCAGGGCAGCUCCAGAGCCACCCCGAGCAGCAAGUCGAUUUCAGCUGGAAUGUGUACGCAGAUGGAAAGUUCUUAUUCUAUGACCACUAUCUGAUAGAGCAAAUAAAGUCUGGAAAGGAGCCAGAAAUCCAGAAGUUCUUUUUUCUGCUUGCUAUUUGUCACACAGUCAUGGCUGACACUUCUGAUGGCCAGCUCCACUACCAGGCAGCUUCCCCGGACGAGGGGGCCCUGGUGACGGCCGCCCGGAACUUCGGGUACGUGUUCCUGUCCCGAACUCAGAACACCAUCACCAUAAGUGAGAUGGGCGUCGAGAGGACCUACGACGUGCUGGCCAUCCUGGAUUUCAACAGCGACAGGAAGCGCAUGUCUGUCAUUGUGAGAGAGGCCGGUGGCAGAAUCAGGCUGUACUGCAAGGGGGCUGAUACGGUGAUUUACGAGCGGCUGCACCCCAGCAAUGAAAAGAGAGAAGCCACAGAAGAGGCGCUUGAUGUCUUUGCAAAUGAAACUCUCAGGACGCUCUGCCUGUGCUAUAGAGACAUAAGCCAGGAUGAAUUUGAAGUGUGGAAUAAAAAGUUUAUGGAGGCCAGUUUAGCUACAAGUCACCGGGAUGAAGCUCUGGACAAAGUCUAUGAGGAAAUAGAAAAAAACCUGAUUCUGCUUGGUGCAACAGCUAUUGAAGACAAACUACAGGAUGGAGUUCCAGAAACUAUCUCCAGACUCUCCAAAGCAGACAUUAAAAUCUGGGUGCUUACUGGUGACAAAAAAGAAACUGCUGAAAAUAUUGGAUUUUCUUGUGAACUCUUAACAGAGGAAACAGCCAUCUGCUAUGGAGAAGAUACCAGUGCUCUCCUUCAAACGAGGCUGGAAAACCAGAGGAACAGGGCUGGAUCCAGUCCACAUUCCUCUCUCAGAAUGAACGAGCCAUUCUUCCAGGGCAGCAGAGAUCGGGCUCUAAUCAUCACUGGCUCCUGGCUGAAUGAAAUCCUGCAGGAGAAGAAAAAGAAGAAAAAGAAACUUAAACUGAAAUUCCCCAGAACAGCAGAAGAGAAGAAAAAACAAACUGAGAAAAGGAGAAGGGCAGAGGCCUACAAGGAGCAGCAGCAGAAGAACUUUGUUGAUCUGGCCUGCGAGUGCAGGGCUGUGAUCUGCUGCCGUGUGACGCCCAAGCAGAAGGCCAUGGUGGUGGAGCUGGUGAAGAAGUACAAGAAGGCCAUCACCCUGGCCAUCGGGGACGGGGCCAAUGAUGUGAACAUGAUCAAAACUGCCCACAUUGGAGUUGGGAUCAGUGGCCAGGAGGGGAUGCAGGCUGUCAUGUCGAGUGACUACUCCUUCGGGCAGUUCCGCUACCUCCAGCGGCUGCUGCUGGUCCACGGGCGCUGGUCGUACAUCAGGAUGUGCAAGUUUCUGAGAUACUUCUUCUACAAAAACUUCGCUUUCACGCUGGUCCACAUCUGGUACUCGUUCUUCAAUGGCUUCUCUGCCCAGACAGCCUACGAGGACUGGUUCAUCACCCUGUACAACGUGCUGUAUUCCAGCCUCCCGGUCCUGCUCGUCGGCUUGCUCGACCAGGAUGUGAGCGACAAACUGAGCCUUCGGUUCCCCAGACUUUAUGUUUUGGGUCAGAGAGAUUUACUUUUCAACUACAAGAAGUUCUUUAUAAGUUUGCUCCACGGAGCUCUGACUUCACUGAUCAUCUUCUUCAUCCCGUACGGAGCCUACCUUAAAUCUAUGGGACAAGAUGGAGAAGCCCCUGCAGAUUAUCAGUCCUUUGCUGUCACAGCAGCAUCCUCUCUGAUAUUUGUUGUCAAUUUUCAGAUUGGCCUGGAUACGUCUUACUGGACUUUUGUUAAUGCUUUUUCAGUAUUUGGGAGUAUUGCACUUUACUUUGGGAUCACAUUUGACUUUCACAGUGCCGGAAUCCAUGUUCUCUUCCCUUCUGCCUUUCAGUUCACAGGAACUGCUCCGAAUGCUCUGCGGCAGCCAUACCUUUGGCUUACCAUAAUUUUAUCCAUUGCCAUUUGCUUACUGCCUGUCGUGGCACAGCGCUUCUUAUCCAUGACAAUCUGGCCUUCGGAGAGCGAUAAAAUCCAGAGGAACCGUCGGAAGUACCUGCUGGAGGAGCAGCAGUGGAAGCGGCGGCAGAGCGCGUUCCGCCGCGGAGUGUCCGCCCGCCGCUCCGCGUACGCCUUCUCGCACCAGCGCGGCUACGCCGACCUCAUCUCCUCGGGGCGCAGCAUCCGCAAGCGGCGCGCCCCGCUGGACGCCGUGCUGGGCGCCGGCCCGGGCUCCGGGCACCGCCGGGACACCCGCUGAUGCGCUGCCUGCCGCGGGGGCUGUUUGUCCCCGCGACUGCACGGAACUGUUCCCAACAAACUCAGGAUCUUUUUAACCACCUGGCACAAGGAUGGGAAGAUUUUUAUGUCUUAGCACAGAAGUUUCUGGGUUUGGACUCCUGGGAGCACAGAAGGGCCAAGAGCUCUCCGUGGAGCUACUGAUCCUUGUGUGAGUGCUGUGUAUGACAGUGAAGGAUACACGUGCUGGGAAUGGAAACCCAGCAGUGUCCGGUUUAAGCGAUGCCUGGAAUUGCAGACUUUUCACUUUUUAAUAGUAUGUUGGUAUAAAACUGUAUCUACAUUUCAUACUUGUCACUGAAAGCGAUUUCGCUUGUGUGCUCCAUUUCAUUAACUGCUCAGACAUGAUGGCACAUGGGAUGCUCGGCCCUGGAGAGGGCCCUGGAUGCUCCCAUCGGAGCUGUCACAGCUGAGCUGCGCUGUCUGGUGAUAAACUCCAGCCAGUGUCAGACUGGAUUAGGAAUCAGGAUCGACCUCAGCUCUGGGAGCUGCCCCUGGAGCUGGCACAAGCUAUUCAUUUCAGUUCUGGACACAGGCAGUGAUGGGUAACUAGAAAUCAGUCACUUUCAUUGGAAUGUAUUCCAGUUGCUGGUGCCUCAGUUCUUACAGCAUAAAAAGUGGUUUUAUGAGUCUCUUUGCGUUUGCACAUUCUUUACUCGAGUUGAGGUGUUUGAAUGUUUCACUUUUAUCUACUUCCCCCUCCCGAACUAAAGCUAAUUAUUGAAAUGGUUUUAUUGUAAAAAUUAUGACCUACAGCUCUCAUUCACUGGAAUGUACAUUUCAAAAGUGUAAUGCAAAUAAAUAUCCGAAACUCUACU